AUGGCGUUUAGGGCCAGGGUCUGGGGUCUGCUGCUGCUGAAUCUGUCGCCACUGCUGCUGCUGCUGCUGCUGCUGCGUUGGAGCGGCUCUCGUAAGGCAACCAAACAGCCGCCGCUGUCGGAACGCAGGGGGUCGACUGCCCUCCGUCAGAAUCCGCCAAGAUCCGUUGCCAGACCCAAGCCCGAACAAGACUUCUGCAAGAUCCACUGCGCGCCCAGCAAACCACAGAGACGGCUUUCGCUGCUAUCUCUAUCUGCACGAGCUUCGGCGCAAGGCCGUGAGAGCGCUGCAGGCCUGCAGGUGUCAAGCAAGUGCCCGCCUCGGGCUGCUUCAUGCUGCCUUUUCUGUUUCUAG